UGAGAUCAUAUGAUACAUGUCUUUCUCUUAAAAUUUGAUUACUAUUGGGCGCCUGGGUGGCUCAGUUGGUUAAGCGACUGCCUUCGGCUCAGGUCAUCAUCCUGGAGUCCCGGGAUUGAGUCCCACAUCAGGCUCCCUGCCCAGCAGGGAGUCUGCUUCUCCCUCUGACCCUCUUCCCUCUCAUGCUCUCUGUCUCUCAUUCUCUCUUGCAAAUAAAUAAAAUCUUAAAAAAAAAAUUAAAAAAAAAUUGAUUACUGUUAAGAGGAGGAUUUAAAUCUUUUGAUAAAGUAGUGAUUGUUGGAUGAUAACAAAAAAUUGAGAACCAUUCCUUCAGGUGACCUAGCAAUGUUGGGAACAGUGAGAUGGUCAACAGACCACUAAAGGGUGGUAUUGAAGGUUCUUUACAGCCUUGCCCUACCCGAUUUUCCAGCUUUGCUUCCCUAUACCAUCCCACACUAUUCCAGAACACAUCUGCACUGUUGACAUUCUCUAACAGCCUCUGCUUCUAUAUAUUUGCACAGUUCCUGUGCCUAGAAUACUCUCACCCCCAUUUCUACCUCUGAUAUUCAACUUACUCAUCAAGAUUAGUUCAAGUGCCACUUUUUAUAGGCAGCCUUCCCUACUGUUUUUACACAACCGCAUAUACACUCAGGUAUGUAUGGUGGUCAUUUGUAUGUAUAUAUACACUUUAAUCUCUUUGAGGCAGGAACAUGUUUUGUCCAUUGUUUGUCUCUUAGUACCUAACACAAUACCCUAUAGAAGUUUACUGAAUUGAUUGUUUAAAAUGGAGGUUUCUAAGUUUUUUCUAAGGUUUAUUCUUUAGUGAUAAGAACUCAUGGAACAAAUAUCUUUGGGAGAUAUGGUUUAGAUUGCAUGUAUUCAAAGCUACUGACUAAAGAAAAUUCUGGCUUUAUUACUGAUAAACCUGUGAUGUAUAGGAAUAAAAUAUAUACUGGUGAAGCUCUUAAUAUAUGUCAACCCAUCACUGCUGGUUUGAUUUCAUAGUCUGCCAAAUUGUCUGCUUUGUACAAAUAUCAACACUUUAGAAAAGAACCCUGUGUCAGGUUGUAACAGGUAUCCCUGUAAGAAGGGCAAUGGAGACUGCCUCUAGAGGUAGGAGUUGCUGGAGUUCAAUUCUCCCUUGGAAAUUUCCUCCUUAGGUCAGAGGUAAUGAUGAUUUACAAACCAUCUGAAGGCUGAGCUUGUGGGUGGAUUAAUGAAGAAAAACAAAGGAAAAGCUUAGAACCAAAAGUGAGAUUACAUAGCCCCAGACUGGGAAAAAAUAUUUACAAAUCAUAUAUUUGAUAAAAGACUUAUACCUAGAAUACAUAAAGAAUCCUUACAACUCAAUAAUAAAACAAGUAACCCAAUUUAAAAAUGGGCCAAAUACUUGAAUAAACAUGUCACCAAAGACAUACUAAUGGUGAAUAGAUAUAUGAAAAGUGCCUAAUAUCAUUAGUCAUUAGGGAAAUGAAAAUUAAUGCCAAAUGAGAUACCACUAUGCACCCUUGAGGAAGUUAUAAUUUUAAAAAGCAGAAAAUACCAAGUACUGUCAAGGAUGUAGAUAAACUGGAAUUCUCAUAUGUUACUGAAACCUGCCUGGGAUUCUCUCUCUCUUUUUCCCUUUUCCCUUCCUGCUCAGGCUUGCAAGGCUUACAUGCUCUCUCUCCCUCUAAAAAAAAAAAGGGAACAAAAUACUGAUGCAUCCUACACAAUGGAUGAAUUUCAAUAACAUAUACUGAGAGAAAUGUAACAUAGAACAGCCACUUUUGAAAACACAUUGGUAGUUUCUUAAAAAUUACAUACAACGCAACAAUUCCACUUAGAAAUCUAACCGAGAAAAAUGAAAAGUGUCCACACAAAGACUUGAACAAAUAUUUUCAUAGCAACAUUAUGACAGUUAAAAGUAGAACCAACACAAAUGUUCAUCAACUGGGAAGUGGAUAAAAAAAAUCUGGUAUUAUCUAUACAAUGAAUACUAUUCUGUGAUAAAAAGGAACAAAAUAGGGGCACCUGGGUGGCUCAGUCCAUUAAGCAUCCAACUCUUGAUUUUGGCUCAGGUCAUGAUCUCAGGGUGGUGAGAUCAAGCCCCACUUUGAGCUCUGUGCUGGGCGUGGAACCUGCCUAGGAUUCUCUCUCUCCCUUUCCCUUUUCCCUUUCUGCUCAGGCUCACAAGGCUCACAUGCUCUCUCUCCCUCUAAAAAAAAAAAAAAAGGAACAAAAUACUGAUGCAUCCUACACAAUGGAUUAACUUCAAUAACAUUAUGUUAAGUGAUAGGGGCCAGAUACAGAAGACUACAUAUUGUCAGUAGAAUGUUCGUUGUCAGGGGCUGGAGAGGAGGGAAAAUAAGGAGUUAAUGUUUAAUGAAUAUGAAGUUUCAGUGUGGGAAGAUGGAAAAUUUCUGUAGAUAGAGGGGGAAAGUACCCACUGUGAAAUAUGACUACAGUCUUUUCCAAAACAAAGGCCUACUCUUCAGGAAAAAAGACAAUAACAGAGCCUUAUCUUAUGGGGGAUGUGCAUUUCCUCAAUUCCAGCUCCCUCUAGGCUUUCUUUCUCACCUAAAUGCAAUGAAGGAGGAGGCUAACAAACACGUGUCAGGUCACAGAUCAGGGACAGAGGCCUACUAAAAGAUUGAGAUUUAAUCAUAAGAUUAUACAAUGACUCUCUUCUUCCAUACCUUACCACCAUACCAAUAGGUCUCUAGUAUAAUAACAUUGAAUUACAACUGAAGGAGUGGCAAGACACAGAGUCUCUCUGAAAAGGAGUUCCUAUGGAAGCCCAAAGUCUAGAGACAGAAAAAGAAGAACACUAGAGGAAUUUGAACCCUAUGGCACCUGCAGCUACAGAAAACAUUCAACACGGCCCAUCUUCUGGCCAGAUUAAUAUAAGUCUCACACUAAAGUCCUAUUUACCUCAUGAUACAUCAUAUCCAACUUUCAACAACAACAAGAAAGUUUAUCAGUCAUGCUAAAAGGCAAGAAAAAAGACACUCUAAAGAGACAAAGCAUCACAACCAGAGUCAGGUCAACACAAAUAUUAGAUGAUCAGAAUGGGAAUUUAACUAUGGUCAAUAUGUUUAAGGGCUCUUGUGGAAAGUUUAAGAAAACAUGCGUGAACAGAGAUAUGGAAACUCUAAGAAAUAAUCAAAAGGAAAUGCUAGAGAUCAAAGGUACUGUAACAGAAAUGAAGACUGCCUUUGGCGGGAUCAUCAGUACACUUGACAUGGCAGAAGAAAAAACAAGUAAUCUUGAAUAUCAGUCAAUGGAAACUUCCAAAAAUGAAGUGCAAAAAGAAAAAAGAAUUUAAAAAAGAAUAGGACAUCCAAGAACUGUGAGACAAAAGGUGUAACGUACAUAUAAUUGGGAUACCAAAAGGAAAAGAAGGAGAUAAUGGAGCAGAAGAAAUAUUUAAAGUAAUAAUGUCCCAAGAACUUUCCAAAAUUAAUGACUGACAGUAAACCACAAAUCCAGAAUGCCCAGAAAAUAUCAAGCAGGAUAAAUAUAUUAAAAAAAAAACUCUACUUAGCAUGUCAUGUUGAAACUCCAGAAAACCAAAAACAACCUUGAAAAUCUUGAAAGAAGCCAGAGAUGGGAAAAACUUACCUGUAGAGGAACAAGGAGAAGAAUUACAGCAGACUCUUAUCAGAAACCAUGCAAAGAAAAGGAGAAUGGAGUGAAAUGUUUAAAGUGUUGAAAAAAAAAACCCACUGACCUAGAAUUCUAUAUUCAGCAAAAUUAUCCUUCACUCGUGACUUUCUCAGAAAAAGAAAACCUGAGAGAAUUCACUGCAAGCAAGAAAUGUUAUAUUGUUCUGCCCUGCAAGAAAUGUUAAAAGAAGUUUUUCAGGGAGAAGGGAAAUGAUACAGUUCAGAAACUUGGAUCUACAUAAGGGAAGAAUGUCAGAGAAGGAAUAAAUGAAUUAAAAUAAAAUCUUUUGUUCUCAUUCUUAAUUUAUUAAAAACUAAACUUUAGACUGCAUAAAGUAAUAAUAGAAACAAUAUAUUGGGUGAUUAUAGCAUAUGUUUAAGUGAAAUUAAUGAAAGUGAUGUCGGAAGGGUCAGGAGGAAAGAACCAGGAAUACUCUAUUACAAGGUACUUGCACUACAUGAAAUUAGCUUUAGAUUUAGUUAAAAAUAUACAUUGUAAACUCUAGGGCAACCACUAAUAUUUUUUAUUAAAGAAAUAUGAUGAUUGCUAUCCUAAGAGAAGAGAUAAAAUAGGUAAUAUAAAAUUAUCAGUUAAAAUCAGAGAAGGCAGAAAAAGAGGGAGAAGAAAGUAAUGAAGAAUAAAUGCAAUGGAUUGAAAACAGUUAAAAACAUGGUAGAUACUAAUAUAGUUAUAUCAAUAAUCACUUUAAAUAUAAGUGGUCUAAAUACAACAAUUGAAGUACAGAGAUUGUCAGAGUGACUAAAAACAAGACCCAACUAUAUAUCAUUUAUAAGAAACCACUUUAAAUAUAAAAACACAUAUAGAGGGUACCUGGGUGGCUCAGUUUCUUAAGUGUCUACCUUAGGCUCAGGUCAUGAUCUCAGGGACCUGGGAUCAAACUCCAUGUUGGGUUCCCUGCUCAGUGGAGAGUCUGCUUCUCCCUCUCCUUUUGCCCCUCCCCCCAACUUGUGCUCUCUCUUUCAUAUAAAUAAAUAAAAAUUUUUUAAAAAACACAUAGAUUAGGGGCACCUGGGUGGCUCAAACAGUUGAGCACUGGACUCUUGAUUUUGGUUUAGGUCAUGAUCUCAGGGUCAUAAGAUGGGGCCCAUGUCAGGCUUCAUGCUCCAAGGGGAGUCUGCUUUUCACUCACUCUCUCUCUCCCUCUGCCCCCUCAUGCUGUCUCUCUAAAAUAAAUAAAUAAAUCUUUAAAAAAACCACAUAUAGAUUAAAAGCAAAGGUUAGAGAAAGAUAUGUUAAUACUCAUUAAAAGAAAGCUGAAAUAGCAAUAUGAUUUUAAAGAAGAAUCAGAAUAAGGACAAUUAUCAGAGAUGAAGAGGGCAUUACAAUGAUAAGGGGGGUCCAUUUUCCAAGAAGACAUAACAGUUCUUAGUAUGUAUGCACUUAACACAGAGCAUCAAAAUAUGUAAGAUGAAAACUGAGAACUAAAAGGAGAAACAGAAAAAUCCACUACUAUAGUUAAAGACUUCAGUAUACUCUUUUAGUAGUUAAUAGAUCAAAACGGCAGAAAAUCAGUAAGGAUACAAUCAACCUGAAAAACAUUAUUAAUUAAUUUAAUCUAAUUGACAUUUAUAGACUGCUCCAUCCAGUAACAGCAGAAUACACAUUCUUUUCAAACUUGAAUAAUCACCAAAAUAGGCCACAUUCUGGAUUAUAAAACACACCUUUACAAAUUUGAAAGUAUAGAAAUCAUACAAAUUAUAUUUUCAGACUAUAGUACAAUUAAACUAGAAAUAAAUAACUGAAAGAUAACUAUAAAACCUCCAAAUAUUUGGAGAUUGAACACCACACUUCUCAAUAACAUGUGUCAAAAAAGAAAUCUCAAGAGAAAUGUGAAAAUAUUUUGAAAUAAAUGAAAAUACAGCUUAUCAAAAUUCACAGGAUGAGCAAAAGCUGUUUAGAGGGAAGUUUAUAACAUUAAGUACAUGUAUUAGAAAAGAUCUAAAAUCAAUAAUCUAAGCUUCCACUUUAGGAACUAAAGAAGGGUAAUUUAAACCUCAAGCAAGCAGAAGAAAAGAAAUAAUAAACAUUAGAACAGAAAUAAAUGAAAUGGAAACAAGAAAUAAAUAGAGAAAAUCAAUGAAAUCUAAACGUAUUUCUUUAAAGACAUCAAUAAAAUCAAUAACCCCCUAGCCAGGCUAACUAUGAAAAAAAGAGAACAGAUAUAAAUGACCAGUAUGAACAAUGAAAGAGGGAUCAUUACUACUGAUCCUAUGGACACUUAACAAUAAUAAAAAAGUAAUAUGAAAAGCUCUGGGCCUACAAAUUUGAUAACUUAGAUGGACUGGACCAAUAACUGAAAAACACAAUCUGAAUGGUCCAUAACUAUUCAAGAAAUUGAACCACUAAUCAACUGUCCAAAAAAGAAAGCACUAGGACUGGAUGGUUUCAGUGGUAAAUUCUACCAAAUAUUUAAGUUGGAAGUGAUACCAAUUCUCUACAAUCUCUUCUGGAAAACAGAAGCAGAGGAAACACUUCCUAAUUCGUUUUAUGAGUUCAACAUUACCAUAAUGCCCCAAACAAAUGAAGACAAAAAAAGAAAGAAAACUACAUAGCAAGAUCUCUCACGAACGUGGAUGCAAAAAUCCUCAACAAAAUAUUAGUGAACUGAAUUUAACAAUGUAUAAAAAGAAUUAUACAUCACAACUAAGUGAGAUUUAUUCAGAUGUUUGCAAAGUGGCUCAAUAUUUAAAAAUCAAUCAAUAGAAUAUAUGCAAAUAUCAAAUCAUGUUAUACAAGUGAAAUUAAUAUCAUUUAUGUCAACUUAAUAAAAAAAUAAAAUGAAAUCUCUGACUUGGUAAAAAAAAUCAAUGUAAUCCAUCCCAUCAGUAGUCUAAAGAAAAAUAAUGUGAUCAUAUCAAUUGAUGCCAAAGAAGCAUACAACACAAUUCAGUAGCUAUUUAUGAUAAAAACUCUCGUAAACUUAGAGGAGAAUGUUCCCAACUUGAUAAAGAACAUUUACAAAAAACCUAUCCCUAAUAUCAUACUUAAUGGUGACAAAUUAGGCAUUUUCCUCCUAAGAUCAAGACCAAGGAAGGCAUGAAUGAUGGGGAGGAGUCAGCAAUGCAAAUAUCUGGGGAGGAACAUUCCAGAUAGAGGCACUAGCAAAGAUGGGAAAGAGCUUGACAUGCUUGAGGAAUUAGAGUACUUUGAGCAUCAUGCGUUAGCAAGAUAGUGGCAGGAGGUGAGAUUACAGGAAUAAAAAGAGGCCCAAUAAUGCAGAAUCUUGAAAUUAAGGUAGGAGGUUUGGAUUUUAUUAUAAUAGCAUUGGAAAAUUAGAGAGGGGUAUGGUGUGACUUAAAUUUUUAAGCGUGUUUUUGGUUGCUGACAGGAACUGUGGCAAUCUGUGUUCUUGGGAGGUGUUCACUCUGCAUCUGGAUUCAGAAGAUAAGUCCAUUAUCAGCUAAUGCUAAAUGUACUCUCGCAUAUCCAGCUUUUGUAAUGAGCUUUAACAAAAUUGCCAACCCCAGAGAAGAAAGGUAUGUAGCCACCACUGCUUUUGGAUUGGCAUUAUAAGGCAGAAGGCAUUCACCAGGCAUAGGUGAAGAGAACAAAGUUGGAAAAGUUCAAAGCCCAUUUUUUAAAGUCUGUGGUUUUGAAUGUAGUUUUUCUACAUUCGUAUUCUCAAGAAAAUAUGAACAGACCCAAGGAAUCUAUGUCUUUGCUGUAAAAAUGCUAUUGAAAGCCAGGUCUCUCUCAUCACUUACUUCCUACUUAAAACCCUACCUGAGAAAUUAUUUUAAAAAUUAAUGCCAGGACAACAUGUUUUUCCUGAGGAACACGUGUGAUUUUUUUUCUUUCUGAUAAGAGCUAGAUAAAAUAUAUUUUAUUUCCUUUUUUACACUGGCUGCUUAAAAUUUAAACUCAGCUACAGAAACUGACUCUUAGCGUUAGCACAUUGGCAUUCGUAUCUCCAUCCACCACCCAUUAUGUUUAGGACGUUACUGAAAGCAGCUUCAAACCUGGUGGGGGUGACGACAUUCACAGUGAAGAAUAUAAGUGAAUACAGAGGACUAUGGAGACUUAACUCAAAAGCAUUUUUAUGACAACCAAGUGAAUGGAAGUGCAUUUCCUCACAUAUAUGAGUCAGUGGUUCUUUGCUCUCACACAGCACAGAAGCAGAAAACAGGCUCAUUGUUACUGCUACUCAUCAACACUAUGUGUAUACCUUAAUUAGACCCUUUGCAGUUUAGCUUCCUUAUUUUUAUUAUUUUUUUUUGCUUUUCAUGUUAAAUAUGUAUGUCUGGAAGUCAAGGAAGUGAAACUUCUAUAAUACUGCGCUGAAAAGAGCAAGACUUAUAGCCGACUUAGAGAACGGCACUUAUGUUCAAACAUAGCAUUAUUCUUUAACAAACGGAAAAUGGAUGAAAAUAAAGAUAUGGACUCAAAAGAAAGUGGAGAAUAUGAAGACGACUUUGAAAAGGACCUGGAAUGGUUAAUUAAUGAAAAAGAAAAAAGUGGUGCCAGCAUAAUAGAGAUGGCUUGUGGGAAUGAAGAGAAUAUUAACCAAGAAUUAAAAGACAAUGAAACAGAAAUAGAACACACCAAACAACAUUCUGAUCCUGACAAAUCUUUGAAGGAUGAGCUUUCACCAAGAAGAAAUGACUUCAUUUCUGUACCAAGUAUCCAACCUUUGGAUCCCGUAUCAGAUUCAGAUAGUGAAAACUCUUCCCAGGAAUCCAAAGUGGAAAGCCAGAGAGACCUGGAAGAGGAAGAGGAUGAGGAAGUAAGGAGAUAUAUUAUGGAGAAAAUUAUACAAGCCAACAAGAUUCUACAGAAUCAAGAACCUGUGAAUGAUAAAAGGGAGCGAAAACUUAAGUUCAAAGAUAAAUUAGUUGAUCUGGAAGUUCCUCCACUGGAAGACACUGAUACUCCCAAAAAUUAUUUUGAAAAUGAAAGUAGUAUGUCAGGAAAACUGUCACAGUUAUGUAUUUCCAAUGAAUUUGGACAAGAAAAUGUGCUCCUGUCACUAACUGAUGGAAACUGUGAAGAAAACAAGGAUAGGAAAAUACUAGUAGAGAAAGAUGGAAAGUUUGAACUUCUGAAUUUACAAGACAUUGAGAGUCAGGGGUUUUUGCCCCCCAUUAAUGCUAAUAGUACAGAAAAUGAACCUCACCAGUUGUCACCCAGAUCUUCCAACUCAAAUGUCAAUGGGGCUAAGAAAGAAGAGCCUAUAGCAAAGAUUCAUGCUAUUGCUUACUCAUCAACAGAAGAGCCACUGGCUUAUAUCCCUCAGCCGCCACCCAACCCCAAGACUCGUCCAAGCUCUGCUGUCAACUCAGAUCAAAGUAAGGGGAAUAGAAAAGCUAAUCACAGGACACAGUCUGCAAAUAUAUCUGCAGUGACCUCAACAUAUAGUCUUUCCCCUCGACAGAAAGAACUGCAAAAACGGCUAGAACAAAAGAGAGAAAAGCUAAAGAGAGAGGAAGAACAACAAAAAAUAGAAGAAGAGAAAGAAAAGAAAAAAGAGAAUGACAUGGUAUUUAAAGCAUGGUUGCAAAAGAAAAGAGAGCAGGUCCUAGAAAUGAGGAGAAUUCAGCGAGCAAAGCAAAUCGAAGACAUGAAUAGUAGACAGGAAAACAGAGAUCCACAACAAGCUUUUCGAUUAUGGCUUAAAAAAAAGCAUGAAGAGCAGUUGAAAGAAAGAAAGACAGAAGAACUACGAAAGCAAGAGGAAUGCUUAUUCUUCCUUAAAGGAACAGAGGGCCGCGAGCGGGCCUUUAAACAAUGGUUGCGAAGGAAACGGAUUGAAAAACUAGUUGAGCAACAAGCUGCCAGAGAAAGAACUAGACAGCUCCGACUAGAAGCAAAGAAUUCUAAACAAUUGCAGAGCCACCUAUAUAUGUCAGAAGCCAAAUCUUUUCGUUUUACUGAUCAUUAUAACUGAAAGUAUCUAUUAAGUACUUCAUUUGGAAGCUGCUAUCCUCAAAAUUUUGGUUAUCAUUUCUUAUGGCCUAUGUGCUUUGGUCAUACUCUAAAUUAUGGAAAUGCUUUUUAUCUUUGGCGAUACAGUGAAUUUCUUUUUUUUUUUUAAUACUAAACAAAAUAAAUUUCUUCUCUCGCAGUAUUGUAUUGUGUUAUACCAUCUCAUAGUCCAUGCAACAAACUGAACAAUAAAUUAACUCUAGAUUCCUUUACUUCUAAAUUAUUUUAGCAUUUCUAGCUGGAAAGAACACAAGAAAGGAACAGAUUUCUAUUUUUAGUUUCUAUUAUUAAAAAAAGAUCACAGUAGAUCAUUUCAUGGAGCUGAAGGUGUGACCUCUUAAACAAGCCUUGUUCAGGGCCUUAUACAAAAUCCCAUCUAUGACAACUUUGAAUUUGAAUAGCUGUGGAAAGCUAAGAAAUAGGGUAGGCUUACUUUCUCUGUUCUUUAAAAAAAGAAGAUAGUAACAAUUAUGCAUCCAAUUUUGCUAUAUUACAAAAUUAACUAGCUCUUAUUGAGAGUUUAUAAUGUGCAUGGUAUUAAGUGCUUUACAUAAUUUGAUACAAUCCUUAUAACAACCCUAUUGGUCUUGUUUUGCAGAUGAAGAAACUAAAGUAUAGAAGGAGCAGUUUGCUCGCAGACUCUGAUCUGUAUAAUUGCAAAAUUCUUUCUUUUAGGCAUAUUAUAAAAUUUACAAACAUUGGUAGAUAUUGUGAAAUAUUUAAGACUAUACAGGAAUCUGGUGUGUGGAGGAACAGUAUCCUUGAUAUGUGUAAAGGCAUUUAAAGGGUGGAAAACAAAGGUAAACAUUACAAGUGUGAUGGAGACUGGAGAAUCACUGCAGGAGUUCUGUUAAAGCCUCAGAAGACAAGGUUCUUAUCAACUGGGUAUUUGUACCUUAAUCACUUGACCCUAAAUGAGAAAACAGAAUUAUUCAAUCCUGUCUCAACUUCUUAUAGCACUUUCAGCAUACAUCAGACAAUUUAACGUUUCAUUAUAAUUAGUCUUGUGUUGUUUAAAGUUAUCUUUAAUAAUGAGAACCAAUUUGACAUUUAAAUAUUCCACGACAUUUUUACAAAAAAGGCUGUUGGAAUUUUGAUAGAGAUGCAGUGAAUGUAUAGAUUGUUUUGGGUAGUACUGUCAUUUUAAUAAAAUUGUCUUCUAAUCCAUAACACA